ACAUAGCAAUGGGUUUGUGUGUCUCCCUUGCACUCGAAUCGUAUGUGCCUCCAGCACGAACACAAUAAAGCACAGGCUUGCGGUAGAAUGAUUUUUGCCUGGAUAGACGUUAUUUGAGGAAACGGACCAUUAGUUCGAUCUAGUGCAGCUCAGACUUCAGUGUGGUUUAGCGAGCAGCAGCUAAGAAGCGUGACUUUCACAGCCCUGUACCUGGUGUGGUCGCCAUUACUUAUCGAAAGAGAGUCGCCGUUAGUCGCCACUACUUCGCUUGCGGACGGUGAAGCGUGAUCUUUUUUUGAGAAUAGUUUUGCUUUGUGUUUUCCUUAACCAAGCGGCUACGCUUUUCCCGUUGACUAAAGAUCGUAAACAACUCCGAAGGGAAAAUGAGUGAAGACUGGGAAGAGUGCGACGAGGGACGAAGCUUCGACCAGCCAGACUUCAAUGAAGUGAGCGAAAGCAACGGCAACGGGUUCGGUGAUACCGACAACGGUUUUGCCGAACGGAUUACUGACUACGAUACGAACAACGGUUUCAAUGACGAUAACAACGGAUUCAACGAUAAUAACGAUGGCGAUGGAGGUUACGGUGGAUAUUCUGGUGGGCGUGGGGGCCGUGGAGGUCGGGGCGGCGGUCGUGGUCGCGGCCGUGGCCGUGGAGGACGCGAUGGUGGUGGGGGUUUUGGAGGCGAAAGGAACGGCAACUACCGCGAUCGCAACGGCGACAGUCGGCCACCGUAUUCCGGCAAUAACGAUCCCAGCAUGGACGAAGUCAAGUCGGACAAACCGAGAAGCCUGUACAUUCCACCGCUACCGACCGAAGACGAAUCAUUGAUCUUUGGAUCGGGUAUUAGCUCGGGUAUAAAUUUUGAAAAGUUCGACGACAUCGAGGUGCGUGUGUCGGGUGAGAAUCCACCAAACCCGGUGGAUAACUUUGAAAACUCUGGACUGCGCGAGGAGGUCAUGACAAAUGUGCGCAAGUCAAAGUACACGAAACCGACGCCCAUCCAGCGUUAUGCCAUCCCGAUUAUCCUGAACGGGCGCGAUCUAAUGGCAUGCGCACAGACUGGCUCGGGCAAGACAGCGGCAUUUAUGUUGCCCAUGAUCCACAAUUUGUUGGAUAUGGAAGACGGGCUGGAGUUGCGCACGCGGAAUCCAUACAUCGUUAUAGUGGCACCGACUCGCGAGCUGGCAAUUCAAAUCCACGAUGAGGGGCGUAAAUUUGCGCACGGAACCAAGCUGAAGGUGUGCGUAUCGUACGGUGGUACCGCAGUACAUCACCAGUUGCAACUAAUGCGUGGCGGCUGCCACAUUUUGGUGGGAACGCCCGGUCGAUUGCUGGACUUUAUCGAUCGUGGAUAUCUGACGUUGGAGAACGUCAAAUUCAUUGUCCUAGACGAAGCGGAUCGGAUGCUGGACAUGGGCUUUUUGCCCUCGAUCGAGAAAGUGAUGGGGCACGAAACAAUGCCCAGUAAGGAAAAUCGCCAAACUCUGAUGUUUUCAGCCACGUUUCCUUCGGAAAUUCAGGAAUUGGCGGGCAAAUUUCUUAACAACUACAUCUGCGUGUUCGUCGGCAUCGUGGGUGGCGCUUGUUCCGAUGUGGAGCAAAACAUCCAUCUGGUGGAAAAAUUCAAGAAGCGCAAGAAGCUGGAAGAGAUUUUGAACGAGGGCAAUCCAAAGGGAACGCUCGUGUUUGUGGAGACAAAGCGGAAUGCAGACUAUCUGGCUUCCCUCAUGUCCGAAACUCAGUUCCCGACCACCUCCAUCCAUGGGGAUCGGUUGCAGCGUGAGCGCGAAAUGGCGCUGGAUGAUUUCAAAUUCGGACGGAUGGAUGUGUUGAUUGCGACGUCGGUAGCGGCCCGUGGGCUGGACAUUAAGAAUGUGUCGCACGUGAUUAACUACGAUUUGCCCAAGAGCAUUGACGAUUAUGUACAUCGCAUCGGACGAACUGGGCGCGUCGGAAAUAAGGGGCGUGCAACCAGCUUCUACGACCCGGAGGCAGACCGGGCCAUGGCGAGCGAUCUGGUGAAGAUCCUGACUCAGGCCGGACAAUCAGUGCCCGAUUUCCUGAAGGAUGCUGGCGGUGCUAGCACAUACAUGGGAUCAUCUCAGUUCGGCGGCAAGGAUAUCCGUGACUCGCACGGAUCUCGUGUAGAUGCCCAGCCGGCCGCACUGGAGCCUGAAGAAGCCUGGGACUAAAGAGAUGACCGCAAAAGUGUAUCUCUAUAAUUUUUCUUGUUUAUUUUUUGGCUUACUCACUUCCUUCUGAAACUUCCGAAGACAAGUUUCUGUGAAAAACAGAGUUAAACUCUAUAUUAUCUCGUAUCGCGAAGUGCAUUAUGAUUGUUCUACAUCAAUGACAUUAUGUAAAAAACACACAAAGCAUGAUGCAGAGCGCGGGACUGUUCGUUUAAUAAAUGAAAAACUCCUUUGGGA